AUGGUGCAGGGCGUGCUGCGACGCUGGCUCAAGCUUGCGUUUGUGACGGCUGUGCUCGGAAGCGCCGUGGCAACCGCACAGGUGUUCACGAUGCAGAGUGACCUGGACGACGCCAAAACCCCGUCGCCAGGCUCGGGUAAAAAGUCACCCGAGGAACUUCCGGCAUCCGGUGCGAAGACGUCGACUCGCGCCUGGUUUCCACAUACAGACACUGCGGUCGGUGAUGGGUCAGGUAGGUUGACCUCAGCUCCAAAGCUGGAGGUUAGUGACAAAGUCUCUCGUCGACGAGACCCGUUGGGACCUCCGGAUGACGACUCGAGUGCGUCGGAACCGCCUUCAACACAGGAUGACAAGGACGGGUUGACGCCCACGACGUCCAAGAAGAACCUGGAUUUGAACAGCAGCCUGUUGGAGGCAGGAACAACGACGAACGCAAAGGUCAAGACGGACCCGAAAGCUCCGUCUCCUUCCGGAUCUGGGUCCGGUUCGACUCCUACUCCGAAGAAGAAGAAGCUCGUGGCGUUCACCAAGUCGCCGAGCUUCUCGCAGAAGGCACCCAUACCGAACGGCAUUCAAACAGCAGACGAAGACACAAAGCAGUCGGAUGACGAGGACUUGACGAAGAUCAGGACGUCAACGACACCGCUAACACCCGAACCGAUGGACGCGACAUUGGAAUCGCAACCGGAUGUGGUGUCGCCGCCAGACUCUCCUGCUGCUUCAAAAUCAGCCAAGGCAGGAGUCAAGAAGAGCUCGUCGUCCUCCGGAUCUAAAGGAGAGGAGAAGGAGGAAGAAGGAGGAGAAGAAGAAGAAGAAGAGGAACCGGACGACCCGGAGGACCCGGGCGCGUCUAAAUUGGCGUCGAAUUCGACCAAGAAAGGCGUCACUAUCUCAGAGCCACCCGAGUCAACUAAAGACGUCGUUCCGUCCGGAUCGUUGACUACGGAUGCGAUCCAAGAGGCACGGAGCGCGCUACCGGAACCACCACCAGCCUCCUCACAGCAAACCCCUUCAUCUCCGCCAUCUUCGUCAACCGCCGUGUUGGCAGACACAUCAUCGGCGGACACGAGUGGCAUGUCAAACACUCUCGUGCUCGGGUUAAUGAUGGCAGGGGCUAUCGCACUGGUCGUGCUCGUCGCCGUCUUUGUGUACAUCAAGACGGUGAACAAGGACGAAGACGAGGACGACCCGGUGCUUCGCCCCGCCCACCACCACGACUUAAACCUAGGAGGUCCAAUGGCGCAGUCGUCCUUAACAGCGACGGCCGACUACCACAAGAACAACAACAUGACUCCGUCCGAGUACAACGACGGCGACGACUUCUUUGCUACCAAAGUGCACCAGCCUACCCUCGCGCGAGGGCUGGACGCGUUCCCAUCUAAUCAUUCAACGGCGCUAACGCAGUCGCAAAUGUCGUUGCCGCCUAUGGCUCAAACGGGUCAAAGCAUGGCAAGCAGCGGCUACUCUUGCUACACGACGCAGUCGGAUUUCUACGGGGAACACAGCGCCUACUCUGCUGCUACGGCGUCUGCAGUGGACGCUGCGUACCCAGGAUACCAUCGCCAAGGUCGAGGCGGAGACAGUGACAUUACUGAGCACUCGGAAGAAGAAGAGAGUGACUAUGAAGGCGACUCGAUUCGAGAGAUGGGCGACACAAUGAACGCCUGGCAUUCUGCCGUGCACAACCGAGCCGGGCCAAGUAAUGUAGUGGAUAAUAGGAUGGACGAGUCGCACUUUGACGGGGCGAAUUCGCGCUCGACCGCCGCGAGUGACUAUACGGGCAAGACGCAGUUCAUGGACUCGGAGUAUACCGAAUACCGCGUGUCCACGGAUGGUGGGGCGAGGAGGAGUCAUGGGAGCAAGGCCGGGUAUGACACGAGCUUUGCUGCGAGCAAGAGCGGCUAUUCUGCCGCUACUGACAGUAGGUACGACAGCCGAUAUGACGCGGGCGGCAAGAGCUUUGCGAGCAGUGGCUUUAGUGAGUACUAG